AUGUCUUGGCUCGCGGGGUACGGCAAGCUCGACGACGAGGAAAAUGAUAACCUAGGCGUCGACUGGGUGCUGCAGUAUGAAUUUGGUGACAUCGACCAAGCGCAGGCGAUAACUGAGUUUCGCACACUGGUUCGUGAUCUGACCGAAGCUGGUCUUCGCGUUCAGGUUCGCCAUGGCCAUGGGUCCUCCCUAUUGGUGUGUUUACGGGUGCCCCGAGAUCAGCUAGGGAGGAUGGUUCACCAGUCACGAGUCAAAGAUUAUUUGUUCGGGAUAUUACAUACGUUGCCGGAAGGUGAUGAGAAUACUGUCGUACACGCUGAGACACCUUCCGAAGAACUACGAUCGGUAUACCAUGCUGUAACUUGGAGUAAAGAGCUGGGUGGUGCGGGAAUCACCCCUAACCACGGGAAGUGGAAGAACGUCACCGCGUCAUUCCCUUUGCAUGAUCAAGACGCGUGUGCGCAGAUGUUGCGUCAAUGGAGCCGGAAAACCAAUUUGACCAUUAAGGAUUUGGACACAAUUCGCGCGCUGUUUGGCGAAAAAGUCGCAUUCUACUAUGCUUUCAUUCAUUGCUAUUCGCUAUUUUUGAUCGUUCCUGCCGUUUUAGGCAUCAUCGGAUGGAUGUACUUGGGUCCAUAUUCGAUAGUGUACGGUAGUGCCUUGUGUGUCUGGUGCGUGGUGUUUGUCGAGUACUGGAAGAUUCGGGAACACGAUCUGAGCGUACGGUGGGGUGUGAAAGGUGUUGGUGUUCUGAAAGUAAACCGGGCCCAGUAUCAAUGGGAGAAGGAAGUCCGGGACCCCGUUAGUGGCCAGAUCAUGAAGGUGUUUCCCGGAUGGAAGCAGUUCUCGCGGCAGCUGCUCCUUAUUCCAUUCGCUUCAAUGGCGGCCAUUGCGCUCGGAAGUCUCAUUGUGGUGACCUUCGCUUCAGAAGUGUUCAUCUCAGAGGUAUACAACGGAAAACUCAAGGGAUAUCUGGAAUUCGUGCCGACCAUUCUUUUUUCGCUUUCACUACCCGCCAUCACCUCAUUCCUAACCAGCAUCGCAACUCGACUGACCAAAUACGAAAAUUACCGAACUCAAGAUCUCUACGAUUUGGCUCAGACACAAAAGAGCUUUAUCAUGAACUUUAUCACAUCCUUCCUUCCUACCAUCCUCACGGCCUACAUCUACGUUCCAUUUGGCAAACAGAUCGUGCCUCACUUGGACAUUCUCCGACGAAGCGGUCUCAAUGUCGACAUGGCGUCCCAUGCUGAGUUUGAGGUGGAUACUUCUCGAUUCCAGCAAGAGGUCAUCUAUCUCUCCAUGACCGCGCAGGUUCUCGGUUUCGGUGAAGAGAUCGUCAUCCCUUACGUGAAGCAUGUCCUCUGGCAAAAAUGGCGAGACUACCGCGAUCGACAACACGGUCUGACCCGCCAGCGCAGUUUCUCCACCGCAACAGAUCUUCUCUUGAUUGAUCCCCCGGACGAGGGCAAGUUCCUGAAACGGGUGCGUAGUGAAGCCGAUGCAGAGGAGUACAAAGUCGAAGACGACAUCCUCGAGAUGUGUGUGCAAUUCGGCUACCUGGCUUUGUUUGGUGUAGCAUGGCCACUCGUGCCUCUCGGAUUCCUCCUGAAUAAUUGGUUAGAGCUGCGAGGCGACUUCUUCAAGCUGACCCUGGAGUGUCAGCGACCCCCACCAAUCCGGGCCGACUCCAUCGGUCCCUGUCUGCUGGGAUUGGACUUCCUCGCAUGGCUAGGCACACUGUCUACCGCAGCAAUUGUGCAUAUAUACCGAGGUCCCAUGGCCGAGGUCAAACUUUCUUCACUACUACUGACCGUCUUCGUGGCGGAACAAGCCUAUCUGACUAUCCGAUUUACCGCCUCGACGGCCCUGCAAAAAGUCUUCAACGACAGCUCACGUCGCGAGGAAGCCCAGCGAUACGCCUUGCGGAAGAGCUUUCUAGAGGCCAGCCUAACCCAAAAUGGACCUGGGUCUCCCGGGUCUCGGGUGCGGCAGCGCGUACGUUUCCACGAGCGAGUCAAUGUCUACGCGGAAUCCACCCCGUCCCCUGACGGCAGUCCCUCGCCUGAAAGAGAAAAGCCACAGGAUGAUGUACUCCGUGGAUCUGACCGCGAGGCCGAGUUUUGGAAUGGAUUGUCGUGUGACACAUCGGACGCGGGCGUCAAGAUGAUUCGGGCACUCAGUGCAUCCAAAGUAGGGGAUGAGCCGAAGUGGACCAAGAAGGCAUAG